CGCGCAUAUCGAAACAAUUGCAUAUGGAAAACACACUAACAUGACACCUGUAAAGCAAUCGAUUAUAAUCGAUGAUCGAAUUCAUUUUUCCUAUCAAUCCGGGUAAACUAGUGAAUUAAAAAAAAAUAGGUGCUGAUGAGACACAUCGUGGAUACAAUCUAUGAUUUGAGUGAACACUUUAUAGAAAUUUGUAUUAUAGUAUUAUAUUGCAUUCUACCAAUUGUGAUAUAUACAAGACAUUUCAUUAGCACGUAUAAGAUUUUAGUGAAUUAUAUAGAACAGUGAGCAAAGACCCCUGGUAUAAUUAGUACAUUUUGUGAUUUAUAUAAAAUUAUUAUUUAAAGUUAAUCUUUAAGUGUAUCUAGUCCCUGCUACCAUUUUGUGAUAAAACCAACAAAUCCCAAGCCAUUUAAAUAAAUCCAUUACCCCAAGUGCCAAAAAAAUGCCGCCCUACGGUUCCAAUUCCUUACCACCGGUCAAUACCAGCACAGAAGACACAGAAACCGGUGCCUGUGGUGCCCUGAGUUUACCCCCAAUAGGAAAAACCGGUUACAUCAAUGAAGCCUUCGAAAAAGGCGUCGGCGAUUUUCCAGGAAAGUUGCCCAAGGUUUCCCCGCUGAAUGACGAUGAAAAAUCCAAAGACGAUGGGAAGCUUCUGGAUUUCGAUGAUGUAUUGCCGCACAUUGGAGAAUUUGGGGUAUAUCAAAAAGUUCUGUUCUUGCUGAUGAUACCUUAUGCGUUUUUUGUGGCGUUUGUGUAUUUUACGCAGAUUUUUAUAACCGUGGCUCCGGAAGAACAUUGGUGCUAUGUUCCGGAGUUGGCGCAUUUGACUGCUGAAGAGAGGUUAAAUUUGGCCAUACCCCGUGCUGCACCGGGCGAAGGCGAUAAAGCCUUCACGUACUCACAAUGUGUCCGGUAUGAUGUCAAUUUUACAGAACUUUUGGAAAAUGGAACCCUAGACUUGGUUCCGAAUCCAAACUGGCCUGUAAGGCCUUGUGACCAAGGAUGGGAGUUCGAUUUUUCGGAAAUACCUUAUGCUUCAAUAACGGCUGAGAUGGAAUGGGUUUGCCAAAAUGCGGCCCUACCCUCUUUUGCCCAAGCCAUUUUUUUCUGUGGUGCCAUAGUUGGGGGUCUAUUAUUCGGAUGGGUUGCCGAUAGAUAUGGACGAAUUCCGGCCCUGACCGGAACCAAUGUUGUUGGAUUUUUGGCAGGAAUGGGCACUGCCUUUGUGACCAAUUUUUGGCAAUUUUGUUUGUGCCGAUUCCUCAUUGGAAUGGCAUUCGAUAAUUGUUUCACUAUGAUGUACAUACUUGUACUCGAAUACGUUGGGCCAAAAUGGAGGACAUUCGUGGCAAAUAUGUCAAUAGCAAUAUUUUUCACGAUUGCCACAUGUAUGCUACCCUGGAUUGCCUAUUAUUUAGCCGACUGGAGGAUGCUUUGUAUCGUCACUUCAGCACCCCUGGCUAUUGCCAUAUUUACGCCAUUUGUACUACCAGAAUCUGCCAGAUGGUUGGUUUCUCAAGGCAGAGUCACAAAAGCACUCGGAAUUAUGCAGAAAUUUGAAAAAAUCAAUGGCAAAAAAGUGGACCCACAAAUUUAUAAAGAUUUCAGCGAUAGUUGUACCAAACUUCAAGCAGAAGAGGAUGCUGAUAAAAACUACUCAGUCCUCGACUUGUUCCGAAGCCCUCAUCUUCGAAAGAUGACAAUUUUGCUUAUUCUAAUCUGGAUGGCGAUAUCUUUAGUCUUUGAUGGACACGUAAGAAACGUUGGAUCUUUAGGACUGGACUUGUUCCUUACAUUUACUGUGGCAUCAGCAACUGAAUUUCCAGCUGAUACUUUCCUGACUCUGGUUUUGGACCGAUGGGGAAGAAGAUGGUUAUCAUUUUUCACAAUGGUUUUUAGUGGAUUGUUCAGUUUGGCAGCAGCAGCUGUACCUUCAGGUGUUUAUUCUGCAAGUUUGGCAAUAAUAGGAAGAUUUUGUGUGAAUGUCUCCUACAACAUUGGUUUACAAUAUGCCGCAGAAUUAUUGCCCACAGUUGUCCGCGCUCAAGGAGUUGCCUUCAUCCACAUCAUGGGUUACGUUGCCAGUAUAGUUGCACCAUUUGUUGUAUACUUGGCUACAAUUUCGCAAACCUUGCCUCUGAUUAUUCUGGGAAUUUUGGGAAUUAUUGGAGGAGCACUAUGUCUAUUCCUGCCAGAGACUUUAGGUGAAGAGUUGCCUCAAACGCUGAACGAUGGAGAAAACUUUGGAAAAGAUCAGCAAUUUUGGGAGUUUCCAUGUAUUGGAAAGAAAGAUAUUGCUGAAGACGUAGAAGGACCUCCUAUACCAUUCAAGCGUUCUGACUUCUCAUCUCUUCACCAUACCGGCGCGUCCUUGAGGGCGUCAACACGUGGAGAACUCAGCUCCAAUUUGCUACACAGAUCAUCUGUCCGAUCUGGAAAGUCUAUAAAAUCUACCCAAUCGGCUAUAUCUGACGAUUCAGGCCACGACAGUUCAAAUCCACAGAGCCAAAUUGGAUUCACCAGAGGCGGCCGAGCAUCACUUAGGGCUUCUACCAAAGGCGAAAUGCGUUCAAGUCUUCUACAAAGAAGCACUUCAAUCAGAAAGUCGAUGAAAUCUGAGGACAAAUGCACUGAUCAUCCAAUCAGUUAUCAUAGUCACAACAUUCCCCAUACGAUAUCGCCUUUGGCAAAUGAUACACAUGCACCUACAAGCACCAUUGUUAAACCUUCAGGGUUAGUGUCAGAUAAACAUAUUGAAAGUGGUGCCAAAACGAUAAGCGACUUAGUAAAAUAAAUUAGAACAAAUUAAUUUUGAUACAAUUUGUAGUGUGAUAUUUAGGUUAGUUUAGAUUUUUUAUUACUUCUGACCACCGCGGUAUAAUUAAAAAUAAAAUUAUUAUAUACUAUAAUAUAUACUAAAAAACGAAAAAAUAUGUAUGUCUUUAGAUCGUAGUAUUUAU